UUUUUAUUAUUACAUAAUAUUAAAUUUUCUAUAAUACAACCUCCCGGAUGGUACAUUUUACACUUGUUUAUCAAUGUAAAUAAUGCAAAAGCCCCUUUCUAUAUGUGCACUGAAUCAAAUCACCCUCCAAGAGCUUUGAGCACUUGUGGCGAGUCAUUUCCAUCACCCCAGCCUUCUACCGAUACCAAGACUGCAUCUCCCUGGUCCUCAGUUAGAUUGUCCCAUGAUGGCAUGUUCACAUUGCUUGCCCCUCCAGCCAGAUUUUUUCAUGACACGAUGGUCAUGCCAUCCAAAUCAUAAGUUUCAGUGCUAAUGGUACACAAGUAUAUACUGAUAUUUAAUACUUUUCUCAUUUCCCCCAGUCAUAAUUAGUUUUACCUGACUUCAAACAUUUGGUUCACAGUUGAGAAAAUUCCACUAAUCAGUACUAUUGCUUUAGUAGGAAAUUAUGUAUCCACCCUUCUAUUUUUUUUCUUAAUUCUGAUAUCUGCAGUUUUGUGGAGCAAUAUUCCAGAAUCAACCUUGCUGAAUUUCAGUCAGACCCUUUAAUAUGCUUUCACAUUAUUUCAGGAUUUUGGAUAAAGAUCCUUACAGCCUUUUUUUCCCAGGUUUGAUCUUGUUUGGGUUCUGGACAGUUUUUUUUUAUAACCCUUUGUUAUAUUUUUAUUAUGUGAUAUUAAACUUUAUUAGCUUGUACUCUAUGUGAACGAUGCUUCCCUCCUCUCACAUAUUUCGUGGUGUUGCAAGAGUUUUCACUCUUACAGUUUUUCUAAAAGAUUGUAGGAAUUUCCUCUGAUCUCAGCACCAAAUGUAAUGACUCUGUUACAGCUUCCAUGUUAUCCAUUUUGUUUAAAAAUGAACUUGAUUAGGUUUUGAACUUCAUCAUUGCUUGUUCUGAAAUGUAUAUAUGUCUGUUAAUAAUGCAUUUAUAUUAGGUACAUUAGAUCAGGGGUUACUAAUCUAGGAGCCAUGGGAUACUUUCUUGGGGGUCAUGGAGCAGUAUGACUAUUAUCACUGAAUUAAACUGAAGUUUGUCUGACCCCAGCAACACCAGCACUCCAGGAGCUUAAAAAUCAGCUUCUCAAGUCCAUACCACCAUAGAUAUUAAGAACUGCAUUAACUUCUAACGCACUGCAGCACCCGAAGAUAAUUAUCUCUCACAUUUCAUUAAACUGAAAUCUUUCGAUAUAGUGUCCUUGUCCUAUAGAUAUUGGGACCAUUACACUAUUCGUAACAAGUAAUAACUGAAUCUCAAACAAUGACAGACGCUGAACAUGGCCUCAGAGAUUGUUAUAUGUUGGUCGGGUCCGCAGAAUAGAAAAGGGAAGGAGAAACUUCAUGCAUGAAGCUGGACCAAAUAACCAUUGAAGGAUGUCACAGAGGAGGAAGUUUCAUCUGGAGAAUAAUGAUGACUUGUUCUUAUACAAACUGAAGAUAAUAACUCAUAUAUUUUGAAGAGUGAUUACAUUUCCUGUGAAAAAAAUGUCAGAGAUUUCAGUUUCAAGGAAGUCUAAGAAUCAUGAGUGUUCCUUCUGUAAAAAGAAAUUUUUACACAAAACAGAACUGAAAAAGCACCGUCGAUCUCACACUAAGGAGAAACCGUUUGUUUGCAAAGAGUGUGGUAAGGCUUUCUCACUUAUUGGUAAUCUAAGCAGGCAUAAAGGAGUGCAUAGCGGCUUGAAGCCCUUUGAAUGUGCUGAUUGCUCAAAGAGAUUUACAGAGAAAGGAUCCCUCAAAAAGCAUAUAGCUAUCCAUACUGGUGAAGAACCUUAUAAAUGUACAAUAUGUGAAAAAAAGUUUACUCAGAAGGCCCACUACAGGGCGCAUAUGUAUCGGCAUACGGAUGAGAGGCCAGUGCAAUGCUCUCUUUGCCCUAAAAGGUUCAAAAGUGAAGAGAGAUUAUCCAUGCACCUGCAGACACAUUGUCAAGAGCGACGUUUUAAAUGCCCUGAUUGUGCCAAAGCCUUCAAGACAAAAGCAUCUCUUACAAAGCAUGCUCUCGUUCAUAGUAGUAUACAAUAUAAAUGUUCUCAAUGUGAGAAAACAUAUAAAAGAAAAAGAUCUCUAAAGCGUCAUGUGAAGUAUCAUGAAGAAGAAGUACAGCUCCGUAUGCGAGAGUCGUUUUUUGAAAAGCAUGUUUUAGACCAUGUACCCCGUAAUGUAUCAUUUAAAUGUUCUCAGUGUGGGAAAACAUAUAAAAGAAAAAAUUCUCUAAUACGUCACAUGAAGUGUCAUGCAGAAAGAAAGUUUCAGUGCCAUAUUUGUGAGUCAUCAUUUUUAGAAAACCAUGCUUUGGAAAAGCAUGUUUUAGACCAUGCAACUAAAAAAUACCGGUGCACAGAUUGUGGGAAAUUAUACUUAACCCACCACACACUCAGUAGACACCCUUGCAUGUAUGCAGUGAAAGCAAUUGCAUGUCAGAAAUGCAAUAAAACAUUUACAAGAAAAUAUGCAGCAAACAGACAUGUAUGCAAAGAGAAGGGGGACAAGAUAACUGACUUAAAAAAUAAUUUGUUGACUCAUAAGCAAGAAAAAGAGCAGGAAUACUCCAAAAUUAGCGUAACUAGCAGUUCCAUUAAAGAAAAUAAGUUGAAUUCUAAAAGUACUCAUAAUGCUGAAGAUGAUGGGAUACCCACUGAGUGUCAGUACAAUAACGAUGUUAUUUAUGUGAAAAUGGAGGAAUUCAUUUUACCUGAUGAUUAUCAAGAAGGCACUCAUAUGGAUGAACACAGUGCUACAGAUCCAAAGGCUGACCCUCUCUGUAGUGAUGUUAAGAUAAUGUUAAAUACAGAUACCAAAGAUAAGAAUGCAGACAUUCAUCCUGGAGACAAAGGGGUUCAUCAGAGUAAUAUGAUCGAGAUUAGUGAUAAAGUAGUACCAAAGAGGGAACCUCCAGAUUUGUGCAUCAGUGUUCACAUAAAACAAGAUGUUGAAAGUACUGAUCCAUUUGUUGAUCAUGAUUUAUAAGUGCGUGUGUGUGUAAAUAUAUAUGUAUAUAUAUAUA